AAUGUUACCAGAACCGCGGAAGUAAGACGAGAACCGAAUCAUAAAGCACAGGUCGUCCUUGGGUAGGUUCUCAACCUUACGUCCGGGUGGACGUAAGUGCGGCCAUAAUUUGAAAAAACUGUUGGAUUUUCAAAUUAUGACGAGCCAUUUAAAGGCGAUGCUGCAAGUAUUCCGAGAGUUGGUUCCGGUGGUGACGAGCGGGACGUUCCUCAUCAUCCUCACGUCGUGUGCUGUGUUCGGCGGCGUGGACUACUUCCGCUUGGCUCCAGGGAGCCUGAGUGUGGGCUCCGGUGUUUUCCUCCAGGGCCAAGUUCACAGAGUCCUCACCUACCCCUUCUACCACAGGAGCCUGGGCCAGCUGCUCCUCGGCAUCUGCACCAUGCUGUUCCUGGGUGGCGGUCUGGAGAACGGCGUGGGGACUGUCCGCUUCCUGUUGGCGUGCGUCCUGAUGUCCGUCGUCACUGGCUUGCUGUACGCUUUCCUGGAUGUGCUGCGGGACGGCCAGGCGCCCACGGAGGGCUUGGUGCCCACGGCCCUGGCCUGCGUGGCCCUCACCACCGCCCGCACUAAAACGACCAAAGGGUUCCUUUGUGGGGUCAGCGUCCCCGCCGUGGUCCUCCCGUGGGUGCUGGUCCUCAUCACCGGCGUCCUCGUCCCUCACGCCGUGCUGCCAUGCAGCAUCGUGGCCAACCUGGUGGGAUGGACCCACGGCAGGGGAUGGUUCUCCCUGGUGGACAUCUCCGAGUCCGGGGCGGCUCUCGUGGAGAAGAGCGCACCUUUCCGCCUGUUGAGGGGCGUUGGCGUGGUUUUGUUUGUGCCGGCUUCCGCGGAGGAGAGGAGGAGAACUCUGCUCCCGCAGAUAAACCCGCCGCCGGGCUCCUACCCGGUGCAGGCCUACGCACCUGUGUCAAGCGCCACCACCUUGGCUGCUGGGAGCACAGACACCAUGCAUGAGGGGUGGAGGAACUCCCCCGGUGCUGUGGUCGGUCCAGGACAUCUCCCAGCAGGCGUUCUAGAGGAAAGCUGCGAACACAGCAGUCACUCUCAUAGUCACGCUCUUCUUCAGUUAUAGUCACUUUUUUUUUUACUCCGUUCAGUUUUCUGUGCACCAUUGACAUGAUUGAACCAUCUUCACCCUGUGACUGGGAUCAAAAUGUCCCAUCGGCAAUCCAUCCAUUUUCUUCCGCAUAUCCGAGGUCGGGUCGCGGGGGCAGCAGCCUAAGCAGAGAAGCCCAGAUUUCCCUCUCCCCAGCCACUUCGUCCAGCUCCUCCUGAGGGAUCCAGAGGCGUUCCUAACAGGUGUAAAAGAAAGUGCAUCUCUAUCCUCCUUCAAAAUCGCACUAAAACAACACCUCCAGGCAACUUCAACCCUUGACUAACAGCCUCCCCCUUCCACAUCCCACCUCCCCGGAUUGUAAAUAAUCAAAUGUAUUUUUAAUGUAUAUACUUGUUCUUAUGCUAUCUGAACCAGAGGUGGGUAGAGUAGCCAGAAUUUGUACUCAAGUAAGAGUACUGUUACUUUAGAGAUUUAAUACUCAAGUAAAAGUAAGGAGUAGUCACCCAAAUAUUUACUUGAGUAAAAGUAAAAAGUAUGUUGUGAAAAAACUACUCAAGUACUGAGUAACUAAUGAGUAACAUACACACACAUCAUAUAUAUAUUUAUAUAUAUGUAUAUAUAUAUAUAUAUAUAUACACAGUAUAUAAUUUAUAUUUAUUUAUUUUGCCGUUUUUGUUUACAUGUUAAAGGUGUUUUAAUGAAUAUACAUGCAUGUUUAACACAUAUAGAUUCCUUUCUUUCAUGAAGACAAGAAUAUAAGUUGGUGUAUUACCUGAUGAUGACUUGCAUUGAUUGUAAUCAGACAGUAGUGAUGAUAACGUCCACAUUUUCGAAUGGAAGAGAAAAAAAAGUCCUCCUUUCUGUCCAAUACCACAUGAAAGUGGUUGGUUUUUGACAUCUUAUUUGUCCAGCUUCCAUAUUCGUUUUUAUACACUUUACAAGAAAUACAUUGGCGGCAAACUCCGUAGCUUGCUAGCUUGUUUGCGCUGGCUUUCGGAGACUCUUAUUUUGAAAGCGCAGGCGCGAUGGAGCGGCACUUUUAUUGUGAAGACAGGAACUGUGCAGUCAGUCUUUAGGCUUUUGACGGGAAGUACGGUUGAAAUAAAAAAAAAAGGGUCUUUUUUCCUUCACAUUUUUGAUUGAUUGAUUGGAACUUUUAUUAGUAGAUUGCACAGUACAGUACAUAUUCCGUACAAUUGACCACUAAAUGAUAACACCCCAAUAUGUUUUUCAACUUGUUUAAGUCAGGUCAUGUGACCCCUGGCUCUGUUUGAUUGGUCCAACGUAACCAGUGACUGCAUCUGAUUGGUGGAACGGAGUGAACGUCACCAGUGACUGUAUUUGUUGAAACGCAGGCACUUUGAAUGUCUGUCUGACAGACCAAAACAAACAAAGCGUGCAUUAACAGAUCGAUAAAAAUGAGUAGCGAGUAGCGAGCUGAAUGUAGAUAAAAGUAGCGGAGUAAAAGUAGCGGAGUAAAAGUAGCGUUUCUUCUCUAUAAAUAUACUCAAGUAAAAGUAUGUUGCAUUAAAACUACUCUUAGAAGUACAAUUUAUCCCAAAAGUUACUCAAGUAGAUGUAACGGAGUAAAUGUAGCGCGUUACUACCCACCUCUGAUCUGAACUCACUAUGUUCUCUGCUCGCUGUACAUAUCCUACCAAGUCACACCUACACUGUUUCAAUGUCCAUUCCUCUGAUGAUGCAAUUGUUGAUGACUGAAGUGCUGAUAUCAACCAAACCCUCCUCAUCCCACCCCCCGGAUUGUAAAUAAUGUAAAUAAUUCAAUGUAUAUACUCUGAUGAUGAACUUGUGUGAUGACUGUAUUAUGAUGAUAGUAUAUAUUUGUACCAUGAAUUGAUUUACGUGGACCCCGACUUUAAACAAGUUGAAAAACGUAUUGGGGUGUUACCAUUUAGUGGUCAAUUGUAUGGAAUAUGUACUGUACUGUGCAAUCUACUAAUAAAAGUCUCAAUCAAUCAAUCCCAGGCCAGCCGAGAGACAAGGUCUUCCCAACGUGUCCUGGGUCUUCCCCGUGGCCUCCUGCCGGUCGGACGUGCCCCAAACAAAUUUGGGUGAUACCGAUCUGAUCGUUUGUGCAAAUAUACAUAAUGUGUCUGCUAAAACCUAAAGACUUGUGUUUUUUUUUUCAAAAUAAUACCAUAUACCGUAUUUUUCGGACUACCGGUAUAAGUCGCAGUUUUUUUCAAAGGUGCGACUUAUACUCAGGAGCGACUUAUGUGUGAAAUGAUUAACACAUUAGCGUAAAAUAUCAAUAUUAUUGAUCUCAUUCACGUAAGAGACUAGACGUAUAAGAUUUCAUGGGAUUUAGCGAUUAGGAGUGACAGAUUGUAUAGCAUGUUCUAUAUGUUAUAGUUAUUUGAAUGACUCUUACCAUAAUAUGUUACGUUAACAUACCAGUUGGUUAUUUAUGCCUCAUAUAACGUACACUUAUUCAGCCUGUUGUUCACUAUUCUUUAUUUAUUUUAAAUUGCCUUUCAAAUUUCUUUUCUUGCUGUUGGCUUUUAUCAAAUACAUUUCCCCCCAAAAAUGCGACUUAUACUCCAGUGCGACUUAUAUAUGUUUUUUCCCUUCUUUAUUAUGCAUUUUCGGCCGGUGCGACUUAUACUCCGAAAAAUACGGUACAUCUUUAAAAAAAACUGUACAAAUGUAAGAAAAAGGAGCAAAGAUAUCAUAAUUUAAUGGAAAAAAUCUGAAAUGUUUAAACUAAUACUUAGUCACGUGUCUUAAUAUAUAUACUUUUGUUUUUAGCAUUAUUUAGAAAGAAUAUAUCAAAAUGGGCCGCUCCAUAUGUGACUUUUCAAUAUUAAUAGCUUUUGAAAUAAGAAUACAAAUAUUUUAAAUAAACAAAAUGUAGAUAUCUAAAGAAUAACAUACUAACUUAUGAAUUAUUUAGUAAAAUGACAAUAAAACACUGUUAAUUUAAUAUUUUUGUACAUGCAGAAUGUUUGAGACGAGGUUAUGCAGUGAUGUUAUUUUAUUCUUACAUGGGAAGGAAAAAACGGUAAAAAUAAUCGGUAUGUAAUGAGAAAACGUGGUUAUAUACUUAGUCAACAAAGCUGACAAUCUGUUUUUAGCAUCUUUUUAAAUAAAAUAGCAGUAUGGCCCUCGCAUACUUUUGACUUUUCAGUGUGCGGCCCUUGGUGGAAAAAGUUUGGAAACCCCUGAACUAAAGUAUCGCUAUUUUGAUUUGCGGAUCGAUAUUAGGCAUACUUGCCAACCUUGAGACCUCCGAAUUCGGGAGAUGGAGGGGCGGGGGGUGGUUGAGGUGCAGGCAGCAUGCCCCUUCCCCUUUGAGCUUUUCUGGAUGAAAUUAAAUUAUUUUUUCCAAUCAUUUUGGAACUUGCAAGCGUAUUUCUUCUUCUUACUCGUCGUCGCCAUGUCUCUUCUUCCUUCUCCUGCUUCGUCUCCUUCUUGUUGUGUGUGCAGUUGUAUGAAUUGCGUUAUCAUUAAAGUAGUUUAAACAUCAUACAACGUGUCAGCAUUGCUUGACAUCUUCGUGUAAAGACCAUUGUUAAAUCCGUCCAGCGCUACAUUAUGUGACUGGGCCGGCACGCUGUUUAUAUGGAGGAAAAGCAGAAGAACGGACGCCUGGACAGCACGCGGCUGUUAAGGAGUGAAGGUUUCAGGUGAGAGAGGAUGCUAAAGGCAGUGUCUUUAAGCCACGCCCCCUAUAUUGUUGUCUGGGCGGAAAUCGGGAGAAUGGUUGCCCCGGGAGAUUUUCGGGAGGGGCACUGAAAUUCGGGAGUCUCCCGGGAAAAUGGGGAGGGUUGUCAAGU